ACAGAUCCAGGGUUUUUUGGUCCCGGCUCCACGCUCCACCCCUGGUGUUCCUGUUUUCCAGCUCUUUGUCCCCGGAACUUACCCUCCUGGGUGUCCAACAGGCUUUUUUCAGCUCGCAUCUGUAUGUGAGUCCAGCGUCCUGUCCGACAGAAGGUUCGGCGUCCUGAACUUUGGGACGAAAAGGAGAGAGUGUGUUUCGGCUUCACCGUCUUCGACACUCUGAUCGAAGCUUUGAAACAGUGUUCGCUGUGAUUCCGCCUCGCCGCUUGCAGUCAGAAAGUUUUUUGGGUUUUUUUUUGCCUCUAUCCUCGGGUCUGGAACUCGGCAUUUACGCAGAACUGCUGCUGUUUUUUGUUUUUUCUUUUCACCAGACGACUACUAACCAGUGUUGAAGUGUUUUUUUUUUUGGUGUGUGAAUGAAGUCAGAAAUCAGCGCGUCUCCAUGACGAAGCUCAGCGUGGGAGUUACUGAAACUUUGUCCUAGCUUAGUUCCACCUGAGCGCUCCUUAUUUUUCCUCCUUUGUGUGGGUUAGCCUGUAGGGUUUUUUUUUUUUUUUUUUUUUUUUUUUUUUUUAAAGUGACACAAGAUGAAGACGCUUUUGGUGCUGUGUGCGGUUUGCACGCUGGCUGUGUUCUGUGUUUCGGGAACUGCGGAGCAAAAACUGAAAAACUGCAACGAAGUUCGUGCUGCUUACAGCUCCAAAGGCUUCAAUGUCAACGACGUCCCCAACAAAGUACAAGGAGCUCCUCUGAAAGUGUGUCCACAGGGCUUCUCCUGCUGCACCUUGGAGAUGGAGGAGAAACUGAGCCAGCAGAGCCACUCUGAGAUCAAAGCCCCCGUCUCCCAGCUUAGCACCAACCUACAAAACAACUUCAAACAGAGGCACAACCACUUUGACAAGUUUUUCCGUGAGCUGUUGAACAAUGCAGAGGAGUCGCUGAACAGCAUGUUUGUACAAACAUAUGGGAUGUUGUACGUGCAGAACGCAGAGAUGUUCAAGAACUUCUUUGACACACUGAAGCGUUACUAUGUGUCUGGCAGCUCUGCCGUCAACCUGGAAUCCAUGCUGUCAGACUUCUGGGCCGACCUUCUGGAGAGGAUGUUCCGAUUGCUCAAUGUGCAAUACGAGUUCAGCGACGCCUAUAUGGAGUGCGUCAGCCGCCACACGGAGCAGCUACAGCCCUUCGGCGAUGUGCCUCGCAAACUGCGCGUCCAUUUGACGCGAGCUUUCAUUGCUGCACGAACAUUUGUACGUGGACUCUCACUCUUACCGGAGGUGGUCAAUAAGGUCUCUAAGGUCAGCGCCUCUCCUGGCUGUGUGCGAGCAGCCAUGAAGAUGUUGUACUGCCCGUACUGCUCGGGCCAGGUGGCCCUCAAACCUUGCCAGAACUACUGUCUGAACGUGAUGCGGGGGUGUUUGGCCAACCAGGCCGACCUGGACACAGAAUGGAACAAUUACCUCGAUGCCAUGCUUGGUCUGGCUGACAGGCUUGAAGGCCCGUUUAAUUUUGAGUCUAUCGUGGAUCCCAUCGACGUAAAGAUCUCUGAGGCCAUCAUGAAUAUGCAAGACAACAGCAUUCAAGUGUCGCAGAAAGUUUUCCAGGGGUGUGGCCAGCCUAAACAGCGUGGGGCCGACCGUUCCCGACGUUCAGUCAAAGAUUCUGGCUUCACAGGUCGCUUCCGUCCCUACAGCCCUGAUGCAAGGCCCACUACUGCAGCCGGGACCAGUUUAGAUAGAUUGACCAAGGAUGUGAAAAAGAAGCUGAAACAUGCAAAGAAGUUCUGGUCCACAUUGCCGGAGACGGUUUGUGCAGGAGAAAGGACUGCACCCGGGGAUGAGUGCUGGAACGGAACAGCUAAAAGCAGGUACGAGUCUGUUGUCAUUGGCAAUGGACUGGCCAAUCAGGUAUCAAACCCUGACGUGGAUGUGGACAUAACAAAGCCAGACAUCGUGAUUCGCAGUCAGAUUGCCGUUUUGAAGGAAAUGACGAGCCGACUCAAGGCGGCACAUAGCGGCUAUGACAUCUCUUCUGAUACCGCUGAGGAGGGCAGUGGGGGCGAGGAGAGUGGCAGCGGUUGCAACACUCCGCUCUGCAACACAGACCGGGACAUGUACUUCUCAACCCCACCGAACCCGGCCAAACCUCAUAUUAUUCCACGGGUGAACAGCAAGCCGUCGACGGGGAGCGGCGCCUGUUUGCCACAGGGGAGCAGCGGGAGCAUUGCGCUGGCGCUCUGUGGGCUCGUCCUGAACCUGCUCACUCCCCACUUGAGAUAAAACUGCCUCAGCAGGGUGAGAGCAAGAGAACAAGCAGGAACAGUGAAGCGAAGGAGAAAACUGACAGAGACUUUGGAAAGACUGCCUUCAGGUCCUUGGACUGUCUAGCAUUGCGGGAACACUGUUCUUAAUAUUACCAUAACUUCACUUUUAAUUAUUUGUUUGUAUGUUUAUGGACAUGAGUGUACAGCAAUAUGAUUUUCUGUCCAAGAAGUCCUCCUUUCUUUUACUCUUUUGUAGCUCUUUUUGGAGCUAUGGUUGCAGCGUUGCCAACAAAAUAUAUAUAUUGUCUUAUUGUGGCCGUUAUCGCCUCAUAAUUUGAAGAUUGUGAUCAGAUGAACAGGAGUGAUGUUUGAACACUUACUGCCUGUGGUGGGCCGUAUCUUUGUGUUUCUGAGGGCGUCUUCUCACGUGUCUGUUUUCACAAUACAACGUCUCCUCCCCAUUUUAGAGAAGCAUUAGGAAAACAUCAAGGCAAAAUGAAGCCCAUCUAUCAGGAAUUCUGAGAUACGAGUGACAACACAGGCAUUGAUGGUUCACGUGGAGAUGACCUCAUCCUUUAGACGAGCUUUUUGGGGCGUUGGGCCCACACCUACAGAUUGUAGGUCUGCUAUGAGUAUUAUCACAGCUUAAAUUUUUCAUCACUUUUAAUUUAAUGUCUCACUUUAAGGACUUCCAUACUGACGACGUACCUCUUGCGUGUUCUCCUUGAUGCAGUCGAGCGAGGCUGAGUAGAAAUUGUGUGAUGGAGUCGGAAUGUGUGGCUGACGUUCCAGUGAAUAACAACCACUGGACGGAGAGGGACUCACCUGUCAUGAGUGUGAAAGAAGGCAAAGCGGACGAGUCCUGAGUGCCCUGUUUGAUACCCUAAGCCUCAGAGGCUUUGAACGUCUUACUAAACAGAAGGUGGCAAAGAAGGACAAAAGAUGAUGCUUUUUUAUAUCAAAUUAAAUCAAGAUGACUCAAGUACGUUGUUUUACACCAGAGAAUCCUUUUAUUUUUUUAAACCUCCACCAAAGAGGUAGUAAUGUUUUCACCACUGUUUGUCUGUUACCAUGGUAACUCAGAACAUGAUGAUUCCAUAACAGAAAGCAAAAUUUUAGUGAAAUUUGAUGAUUAGAUAGAUAAUGUUCCAGGAAAUAUUGGAGGUGAUCCAGAAGAAUUUUUGGCACAUAGCAACAUUUAAAUCAAAAUGUUGUGAGAGGAUGUUGAUGGAAUUUGGUGAGCAGAUGGAUAAUGUCCUCGAAAAUGAGGGAUUUUAUUUAGAAUUUGAUCCGGAACAUAUUUUCCGGAACGUAUGUAUCCUUGGCAAAGGUAUGCGCUCUCCGAGUGCCUUUUUUUUUUGCCGUUUCUCGUAUGAAGAUGUAUAUUAGGUACUACAGUGGAGUUUACUGCUAGUUUUCGGUGGUGCGAGAAGUCAGUCAGCACAGGUAACAGCGGCACUUUCAGUCCAUGUGCAGUUUUUUUUGUUUGUUUUUCACAAUACACAUUUGUACCUCUUAGAUGGCCGGUGUCAUUCUCAGGCACUGACUCCUCAUCCUCAAGGUCUCAUCAUUUCAACUGAAGGUUGAAUGUUGAAGUAUUGUCAGACGUUUAUGCCAAAUUAAUGCAAUAUAGUGCCUUUUUUUUAUCUUUGGUACAAUAUUAGCCACUUCAGUUAAAAUAAAUAAAUAAAUAAGACUGUAGCGCUGCAGAUUUCUAUCUGCUCAAAUUACCAGUACAAUAUUUCCAAUUGUUACCAGCUGACAAGCACAUUUUUAAUCAGGUCUGUAAGUUGCAUUGUGAUUUCAUUUAUGAAAGUUAGCUGCCUACGUUAGCUUUUGUACAAUAACUGUGUGUGUGUAUGUUUAAUAUUGUAUGCAAACAUGCAUGUGGGACUAACAAAAGAAUCUCCCAUAUACAGUAUUCAUAAUGUACUGCUCUGUGAAAUUUAGGUGAUAAAUAUUAGUUUUGCAUAGUGUUUGAUUUAACAAUUACAGGAUCAGAUUUGGAGCUUUAAAUGCAUUUUGUGAAAAUGUAAAACAUGAUUCAAAUGUAUGUCCCGCUGUGGGUUCAAACUGAUCUGUGAUGGACAGAUGUCAAAUAUUGGUCAAGGGAAUUUGUUCAGUCUUGUGCUUCUUUGUUUGGCUCCAAAUUGUCAGGCUGACUGUGAACUGAAGUCUGGUUCCCUUUGUAAGUCAUGUCCCCAUUUAUCAAAUCAGUGAGCGUGUUGAACAACAAUCGAAGUUUGAAGGAUUUGAUGUCCAAAAAGAUGAAGCACCUAUGCAAACCGCAACACACGCUGAAGCCGUGCUGCAGCAGCAGUUCAGACAUAAUUCCUGCAGAUCACCAGUGGCUUCCUUCCAUUUCAGUGUACCAACAUUUCUACACAGGCUGGUGCGUGUGUUCGGGUCACAUGGAAAAGUCGUGCAGAGUACGAUGAAGUCGAACUUUCCAAAAGUUACAGGGAAGGUUUUGGGUGUAGAUGGUAAAUGUCUGUGCUUGCGGGCCAGGGCAGUGACGUUUCCCAACAGGCAGGAGUUCAUCCACAGAGCAUCUUCAGUCUCGUGACUUAAACGUUGUUAGACGGGUAUUGGGACCCUUCGUCUGCCUUUAGUGCACAAGAACACAGUGGACUCAUUUUCCAAGGAGAAAGUGACUGAAAAGAUUUUUUGUUUAUUUUUUUUUUAAAGUGUAAAUAAAGAGCAGCCGUUUUUAGAUGUCUCUAAAAGAGGCCGUUAACAGUACGCCAGAUUUCUACUUGUCAGAGUAUCUCCUAAAUGUUAUGGAAAGUGAGAAGAGAUAGAUGUUAAAUUGUAAUAGAAAAUGUAUAUUAAACAUUUCCUAGUCUUGUUGAAAUAAAGACUGCCAAUAUUUAAA